GCAUCCACUUCCAGGACGUCCACACAUUUUGUUUUCUUACGCGUGUGCACCUGGGUCCAAUCACCUGUAAUGGCGUCGGUACCUGAAAAGUGUCAUAUAACCAUUCCAUUAGUUCUUCCGUUCUCUUGGGUUCGCUGUCAGCUAAUCUUAUUUUCAGAACAACGCCAUUUGAUAGGAAUACGAAACGUGAAGUUUGUGGUUUUUCAAAAUGUCAAGUUACCUUCAUACAAAAGAGAAUUCGCAAAUUUCGUAUGAGACGAUCCCUGAAAGAUUGCGUAAGAGAGCUGAAGAAUAUCCAGGCAGAGUGACAAUCGUUUGCUACGAUGCAGAAUUCCAAAGACACCAAAUAACCAUGAAAGAGAUGUACGAUGGAGCGGUGAAGUUCGCAAAGGCUUUGAUGAAACUAGGCGUUGAAAAAGGAGACACAAUUGCAUUUUGUGUUCCUAACUGUGUGGAAUGGAUGAGCUACGAUAUUGGAAUCAUGAUGACGGGAGCAUAUUCUAUGAGAUUGAUAUUUGGAUUAGCAGAUAUUAAAUCUAUUAUAAAGGGAUGCAGUGCUGUUGUAUUUGGAUCCAAAUCUAUUUGGGACAGUUUCUUAUCCAUUGCACAAAUAAAUGAUGAUGGAAAAGUAUCUAGCGAAGCGUGUCCUGAUUUGAGGUUUGCCAUUAAUGUGUCCAAUACACACGGACCAGCCAAUGCUUUAUCUGCUGCUAAAUUGAUAGCAGAAAUAAGUGACGAUGACGCAGUUGAGUUUCCUUACAUUGACUCAGAGGAUAUUGCAUCAAUCAAUCAGACUUCCGGAAGCACAGGUGUGCCUAAACGUAUCUGUCACAGCCAUUUUGAUUGCUUAAACAACAAGGAUUCAGAUUUUAAGGACACUUCUCUUAUCAUAUUUAGCAGUAGGCCAAUGGGAUAUAGUGGAGGAUAUCCGAUGACUGUGCUAACCAGAAGAUCAUUGCAUGUCAGUGGAGACGUAGAAAUGUUGAAUGAUCCGAAGAAUCUGAAUUUUGUCAUAGACAUAUGGCAGAGAGAAAAAUGCAACAUGGUUGGUGUUGCACCACAAGAUUUGAAGCGACUUAGCGACUGUGAUUUCCGUGUCAAUAUGAUAAUGUCAGGUGGAGACAUGAUUACCCGAGAUACAAUAGAAGAUGCUUUAAAGGUUGCAGAUUGCUUCUUAAUUUGUUAUGGAAGUACUGAAUGUUUCUUCAUGACUAACAGAAUUUUUACACUAAAAAACAUUUCGGAACAUCGACAAGGAAUGUUGGGUCGACCAGUUGAAGGUACUGAAAUCAAAAUUGUUGACGAGGAGAAGAGGGUUGUAGAUAUUGGAAAGACAGGCUAUUUGUAUUUUCGAAGUAAAUGGGUAACAAAAACACAUCUGGAUGGUACUUCAUGUUUAGAAAAUGGUUGGUAUCCAACAUCAGAUAUUUGUUACUUAACUGAAGAUGGUGAUCUCAUAAUGGUUGGAAGAAGCACAGAUUUUAUUAAGAAGUCUACAGUAAAGUUAUCUAUUAAACUUAUUGAAGAAUACGUUGGACGCCAUCCGAGUGUAGAUGCUGUGGUUGUCGUACCAAUUCCUGACGAGGCAGUUGGAGAACGUGUGUGCGUAUGCGUAACCCUUCGACUAAAUCACAAGUUCAAUGAAGAAGAAUUGAAGAAGUUUUGUACAGAAACAAUGCCGCAUCCAGAUAACUUUGGUUGUGUAUCGAUGCAUCCUGAUUAUAUUUUAUGUUUUCCUUCAUUUCCACAUUUGGCUAGUGGCAAGCUUGACAAAAAGACUAUAACAAGUUUAGCCAUGAAGAAAAUAACAAAAAUGUAGUAAUAAUUAAAUUAAAUUACCAAGAUUAAGAAACGUGUAUUUUAGUUUUCCCUGUUUAACAUGUUAACGUGUUAAGGUUUCCUUCUCAAUAAAGGCGACAUGCUUCAUUAAAUAUAUACAUGUAUAUAUGUAUAUGCUUACAUACAUGCAUACAUAAAUACAUACAUACGUACAUUCACUCUUAUUAUCUCCCCUUCACUCAACCCUUUUCAUAAUGUUGAACAAUUAAUCUCAACAAACACUUUUUUCUGUUUCCGUUUUUUAACUAUCUUUCCAUCCCCCCUCUUAUCCCUUUCUGUCAAAGACCUCUCUACUGUUCUCGGAGUGCUUGUUGUUCUCUCACCUGUCUUUGUGUUUUGU